CCGAAGAAGAAGAACAUAAUACGUAGAAAACGAAAACAACGUGGUUAACGUGAAUUAUCACAUUACCUUUCAAAGCUGUUACCUGUGGAAGAAGGACAGCGAUAUUUUUCGUCCGUACCAGACAUAGUUAUGGAUGCUGAGGGUUUUGGGGAGCUCUUGCAGCAGGCAGAGCAGCUAGCUGCUGAGACAGAGGCAAUAUCUGAACUGCCUCACGUUGAGAAGAACCUCCAGGAGAUCCAGCAGGCUGGGGAGAGGCUCAGAUCCCGCACCCUGACCCGUACCUCACAGGAUGCUGCUGAUGUCAAGGCGUCAAUCCUCCUGGGUUCAAGGGGAUUUGACAUCUUCAAUAUUUCCCAGAGAUUGGAGAGUCUGAGUGCUGCCACCACUUUUGAGCCUUUGGAGCCUGUCAGAGACACUGAAAUACAGGGCUUCUUGAAGAAUGAGAGGGACAACGCCCUCCUGUCAGCCAUUGAAGAGUCACGCCGCAGGACUUUCCUAUUGGCUGAAGAGUACCAUCGCGAGUCCAUGCUGGUGCAGUGGGAGCAGGUGAAGCAGAGGGUGUUAAACACACUUCUUGGAGCAGGGGAAGAUGCACUGGACAUCAGUCAAGAUGUGGAGCCUAGUUUUGUGAGUGAGGUCGCAGUUGCAGGAAGGAGCGCUUUGGACAGUGUGGAAGUAGCCUAUGGACAACAGAUCUACAUUUUUAACGAGAAAAUAGUAAAUGGUCAUAUCCAGCCUAGUUUAGGAGAUCUGUGUGCCUCUGUAGCAGAGAGUCUGGAUGACAAGAAUGUAUCAGACAUGUGGCUAAUGGUGAAGCAGAUGACAGAUGUGCUGCUAGUUCCAGCCAAAGAUACAUGGAAGAGUCGAACUGCCGUCGACAUGCAGAUGGCCUUUGUGCGCCAGGCACUCAACUUUCUUGAGAACAGCUAUAAGAAGUACACUAUGGUGACAGUGUUCGGGAAUCUCCAUCAGGCCCAACUCGGAGGUGUUCCAGGAACAUACCAACUGGUCCGCAGCUUUCUCAACAUUAAACUACCAGGGCCUCUUCCUGGCAUGCAGGACGGUGAAAUAGAGGGCCAUCCAGUCUGGGCUGUGAUCUACUACUGUCUCCGCUGUGGAGAUCUAAAUGCUGCCAUGCAGGUGGUGAACAGAGUGCAGCAUCAGCUUGGAGAUUUUAAGACCUGGUUUCAGGAUUACAUGAACAACCCUGACAGACGUCUCACCCCAGCCUCCGAGAACAAGCUUCGUAUCCACUACCGUAGAGUGCUAAGGAACAGCGCGGACCCCUAUAAGAGGGCUGUCUUCUGCUUGGUAGGAAAGUGUGAUGUCAGCGACAACCAUGGAGAGGUGGCUGACAAGACUGAAGACUAUCUCUGGCUUAAGUUGAACCAGGUGUAUUUUGAUGAUGAUGGCAGCAGCCCUCCCCAGGACAGGCUAACCCUGCCACAGCUGCAGAAACAACUGCUAGAGGACUAUGGUGAGUCCCAUUUCUCUGCAAGCCAGCAGCCCUUCCUGUAUUUCCAAGUGCUGUUCCUGACAGCUCAGUUUGAGGCAGCUGUGGCCUUCUUGUUUCGGGUUGAGAGGCUGCGGAGUCAUGCCGUUCAUGUGGCGCUAGUCCUUUAUGAACUGCGACUACUACUUAAGUCAUCGGGCCAAAGUGCGCAACUAUUAAGUCGGGAGGCUGGAGAUCCACCUAUGGUACGCCGGCUCAACUUUAUUCGACUGCUCAUGCUCUACACUCGCAAGUUUGAGUCCACUGAUCCACGAGAAGCACUGCAGUACUUCUAUUUUCUACGCAACGAGAAGGACACUCAGGGAGAGAACAUGUUCAUGCGUUGUGUCAGCGAACUUGUCAUUGAGAGUCGAGAGUUUGACAUGCUAUUGGGAAGACUCGAGAAGGAUGGUAGUAGAAAGCCUGGGGUAAUUGAUAAAUUUGCUGGGGACACCAGGGCCAUCAUAAGUAAAGUGGCUCUCGAGGCGGAGAACAAGGGCUUGUUUGAGGAGGCUGUUAAACUCUAUGACUUGGCCAAGAACCCAGAUAAGGUUUUAGAAUUGAUGAACAGGUUGUUGAGUCCAGUCAUUGCCCAGGUCAGCGCCUUUCAGUCUAACAGGGAGAGGCUCAAAAAUACUGCCCUGGCCAUAGCUGAGAGAUAUCGUUCUCAGAGUAUAGCAGGAGAGAAGGCAGUAGACAGUACUUUCUACCUGCUGUUGGACCUGAUGACAUUCUUUGAUGCGUACCAUGCAGGUCACAUUGACAGAGCCUAUGAUGUGAUGGAGCAUUUAAAGCUUGUUCCUCUCAGUCAGGAGAGUGUGGAGGAGAGAGUAGCUGCCUUCAGAAAUUUCAGUGACGAGGUGCGGCACAAUCUGUCUGAAGUGCUGUUAGCCACCAUGAACAUCCUCUUCACCCAGUACAAGCGCAUAAAGGGGGCGCCAGCAGGCGUGCAAGGGCAACCACAGCGGACCAUCGAGGACAUAGACAUGUGGUAUCAGCAGCUUCGUAGCCAGGCCAGAUCUCUGAUCACCUUCGCUGGGAUGAUCCCCUACAGAAUGGCCGGGGACACAAAUGCCAGAUUGGUGCAGAUGGAAGUAUUGAUGAACUAAACAAACAUAUACAAAAUGUCAUGUCAAAAGUAUGGCUUCAGAAAUUAACUUAAGUCAUGUGACCCCAGAAUAGAGACACAUAUGCACACUCCAUCCCUAGUCACCUGUAAAAAACCUGCUUAAUCAGCUUUCUAGGUCUGGCUCCUAUUCAUCUUCAUCCUAUCUGUAUGUGUUCUUUUUUAAAAAAAAUUCCCAAUAUUUGUAUUUUUUCAUAAUUUGGAAUAAAAAUUGA